AUGGACCUUCGAUCCGGAUAUAACAAUGUACGGAUCAAAGAUGGUGAUCAGUGGAAAGCCGCGUUCAAGACAAAUCGAGGACUAUACGAACCAACGGUGAUGUUUUUCGGACUUUGCAACUCCCCGGCGACGUUCCAGAAAAUGAUGAACGAAAUCUUUAAGGACCUGAUCGACGAAGGAUGGAUGAUCAUCUACAUGGACGACAUCCUUAUCUUCUCGAAUAACAUGGAAGAACAUCGACAGCAUACUCUUCGAGUCCUAGAACGACUCAAGCAAAAUGAUCUGUUCGUCAAACCGGAAAAAUGCAGAUUCGACUCCCAAGAAGUAGAAUACCUUGGGAUGAUCAUAUGUCCGGACCAUAUUGGAAUGGACCCGAUCAAGUUGAAAGGGAUCCAGGACUGGUCAGAACCAACAAUGGUGAAAGCUGUCCGCGCAUUUAUUGGUUUUGCGAACUUCUACAGGAAGUUCAUCGAUUAUUAUUCCGAGAUAGUACGACCACUCACAGAUCUCACGAUGACGACAAAGAAACCGAUAUGGGAAUGGACCCCCAACUGCCAACAAGCGUUCAAUAUGCUCAAAGCAAAGUUUGUCUCUGCCCCCGUGCUCCUCAUGCCAGAUAAGACGAAACCCUUUAUCAUCGAGUCCGAUGCCUCGCUUGUGGCUACAGGAGCAGUGUUAAGACAAACCGACGUCAACGGAGACCUCCACCCAUGUGGCUAUUUGUCAAAAUUGUUUAACCCAGCCAAACGGAACUACGAGAUCUAUGACAGGGAACUAUUAGGAAUCCGAUCACAAAAACCUGACCUACUACUGGAUGGCCCAGAAGCUGAAUAG